AUGUCUACCUGUUACCUAUCGAUCGUAAUCCCGGCCUACAAUGAAGAGGAUAGGCUUCCGGACACCCUGGUUAAGGUUUCCGCGUAUUUGAGCCGGCAGUCCUACGACUGGGAAAUUAUCGUUAGCGAUGACGGUAGCGAGGACGAAACGGCGGCAGUGGUGCGUAACGCUGCCAGCCACACCGCGAACUUGCGCUUGCUCACCCUUCCGCACCGCGGAAAAGGCUCUGCCGUAAAGCACGGGAUGUUGGCGGCUAAGGGGCAACACCGCUUUCUGUGCGACGCCGAUUUGUCGAUGCCCAUUGAGUUUGUCGAAACGUUAUUGCCGCCACGAGCGCCCACCACCGAUAUUGUCAUUGGCUCCCGUGAGGCUCCGGGCGCGCGUCGCAUUGGAGAACCACUACGGCGUUGGCUCAUGGGCAGACUGUUCAACGCGAUGACGCAAAUCCUGGCGGUGCCGGGCAUCUCAGACACCCAGUGCGGUUUCAAGGUGUUCAACGCGUCCGCAGCCCAAAUCCUGUUCCCAUUGCAGACGCUGGACGGAUUCGCCUUUGACGCCGAGUUGCUAUUUCUGGCACGCCGCCUGGGGCUUAUCGAUUGGUGA